AUGUCCGCCGAGGACAAGCGCAGGCUGCUCACCGGCCUCGGGUGGGACGGCGACCUCCAGAAGUGGUUCUACGUCGGCAACACCGCCGCGAUCCCCGCCCUGGGCAUCCCGAGCCUCAACCUGCAGGACGCCGCCUCCGGCUUUCGCACGUACUGGAAGGAGCUGGUGGGCACUGUGACGUGCUGGCCCUCGCUGCUGGCCAUGGCCGCGACCUGGGACCCGGAUGCGGUGGAGAUGUACGCGCGGGCCGUGGGCAAGGAAUUCAAGAGCAAAGGUGCCAACGGCAUCUUGGGCCCGUCUGUGAACGUUCACAGAGUGGCCCGCAACGGGCGCAACUUCGAGUACCUCUCCGGCGAGGACCCCUACCUCGGGGCGAUGUUGGCCCCGGCGUACGUGCGCGGGGUGCAGUCGCAGGGGGUCCUCGCCGUGAUGAAGCACUGGGUCUUCAACGAGCAGGAGACCAACCGAGACUCGGAGAACUCCGUCGUGGACGACAAAACGGCGUGGGAGCUGUACUAUCCACCUUUCCAGGCCGCCGUCGACGCUGGGGUCUCCGCCGCCAUGUGCUCCUACAACAGGAUUGGUGGGCAGUACUCGUGUGCAAACGAGAAGACCCUGCAGACGGUGCUGAAGGACCAGAUGGGCUUCAGGGGGUUCGUCCAGACGGACUGGUGGGCGGCCAAGGCGAUGGGCAUGCCCGCGGGCCUCGACCAGGAGAUGCCCGGCAGUAAUGACGUCUUCUUCACGGCGGACGGUCUGGCUGGCCAGGAUCCUCGGCGAGUGGACGACGCUGUGCACAGGGUGCUCUCCGCUGUCUACCGUCUGAAGCUGGAGACGAGCACGCCGUGCAGCGCACCCGACUGCGAAGCGUGGCUCAGGAAGAACGUCACCAGCGCAGCCCACGCGUCGCUCGCGCGGUCGCUGGCCACGGAGUCCGUCGUGCUGCUCAAAAACGACAGGGACGUGCUGCCCAUCGCCACCUCCCGCGUGGGCAAGAUAGCCGUGCUCGGUGCCGCGUCGGUGGCGGGUGCGUACGACCCCAGCGGCGGCGGCCAGAACGGGGGCGGUGACUGGGCGACCGGCGACUACUACUCUGGCGGCGGCAGCGGCCACAUGGUGGCUGGGCGCCUGGUCACGCCGCUGCAGGGCAUCUCCAGUCGCGCCGCCGCCUCGGACAUCGAGGUGGUGUCGGCCCCCACCGACGACGUCGAGACCGGGCUCCGGGCGGCGGACGGGGCGGGCCUCGUCGUCGUCGUGGCGGCCACCACCAGCGGCGAGUCGAAGGACCGCGAGAGCCUGGCCCUGGACGGCGGCGUGGGAGCCCUCAUCGGCGCGGUGUCGGAGCAGAGCGGGGAGCGCGUGGUGGUGCUCGUGCAGUCGCCGGGCGCGUUCGUCGCCCCGUGGCUGGACUCCGUCACCGGCGUCCUGGUCAUGUUCCUGGGGGGCCAGGAGACGGGGGCCGCCUGGGCCAGCAUCCUCUUCGGGGACCGCUCCCCCACUGGAAGGCUGCCGCUGAUGCUCCCGGCGACGGAGGACGACCAGAUCCUGCCUGGCACGGGGGCCGACGUGGAGUACAGCGAGGGCACGGAGACCAGCUACCGCAGCCGCCACUUCAGGGCGGCCUUCCCCUUCGGCCAUGGCCUGACGUUCACCACCUUCGAGUACGUGAGCCCGACGUCGGUGCCGUGCGGCGGUCAAGCGACGGCCGCAGAGGUGACCUCCGAGGAGCAGCUCAGGCACGCCGUCGUUUGCAUCAAGGUCGGGGUGCGUAACGCCGGUAGGCGCUCCGGGCAGGACGUGGUGCAGCUGUACCUGGAGUUCCCCCCCGAGGCUGGGCGCCCAGGGCCCUUGCUGAAGGGCUUCCAGAAGACGCGCGUCAUAGCCCCUGGGGACGCGGCGGAGGUCGUCCUGCCCCUGACGCAACGGGACCUCUCGUACUACGACGCCGGCGCCAAAGCCUGGCGAGUGGCGGGCGCCCGCGCCGGCACCAGCACCAGCUGCAGCACAAGCGCCGUCGCCGUCGCCGGCGCCGGCACGGGCACCCACGAGCACCCGGCGCCAGCGCGGCGCGGGCGCGGGCGCCGGCGCGGGCGCCGGCGCGGGCGCCGGCGCGGGCGCUGCGCCGCCCAGGCCAGCACCGGCUGCGCGCUGGGCGCUGGGGCCUGCGCGCUGGGCGCUGGGAUCGGCGCCACCGCUCCCGCGCGCGGCGGCAGCGCCCGCGCCGCGCGGCCGGCGGGCGCGCCGCAGCUGCGGCUGCCGCGCGGCAGCGCGCCGGGCGAGCGCCGGGAGAGCCGAGCGCCGGAGAAGCCUUCCAGGGUCCAGCCCGAGCCGCGGGCGGCUGCGGCGCGGCUGCCGGCGCCAGCGCAGGCACCGCCGCGCGCGGCGGCGGGUGGCCGCGACGUCGCGGCGCUCCCCGUCUUCGUGGUCGACGACGCGGACGAGGUGCCGCCCGCGGGCGCGAGCAGCUGGCGGCCGACCCCGUCCCCGAGGCCAGCGGAGGGCGAGGUGCCCGACGAGGGCGCCGGGGCGGCUCGUGCCGAGAGCCCACGGGGCGCGGCGGAGGGCCUCCGCCCGUGGAGGGCCGCGGGCCUGCCGCUCGUCGAGGCCAGCGCCUCGCCGGGAGGGGUCGGCGGGGCGCUGCGGCCGCAGCUGGAGAGCCUGGCCGCGCGGCUGCAGGCGCAGUGCCUGGCCGCGCGGCUGCAGGCGCAGCGCCUGGGCGCGGAGCUGCCCGCGUGGCCGGCGCGGCUCCCCGGGUGCGGGCGCAGCCAG